GGUCUCUGCAAUGUUCGUUGUUCCGCUGAACUCCGAUAGCUCCACUCACCAAUACAGAGACGGAAGUUCUAGCUCGAUCUGUACAGGGACUCAAUGGCCAUAUGUUUAUGCAUUAAGUUCCAAUAAAACGGGGAAGUGAAGUUGCGCGACAGCCGAAAAGCAUCAUUUGAAGAUAUUGAUGACUGGUUCAAGAUUGGCAAGGCCAAGCCAUCAUUCCCAGCUGCAAUUUCCGCCAGUGCAACGGGAGGAUCUGGAAAGUUGCGAACGGAGCGCUACGAGGAGUCACUGCGGAAGACACGGGCGAGGCAAGGCUUACAAUCCCGCCCAAAGCCUCAGCCAGUCCGCUCUCAGUCCUAUGCAGAAAGAUAUCGGAAGGAAUGGGAGGAGCAACAGCUGGAAGAUGACGUAUCAAACCUACACAUUGAGGAGGACAAGCCCCUCCCUAGCAGUGCUAUGUCAGAUUUGGAGAGUAUGAGUGUUAUGUCAGGAGCGAGACCAGUCUUGCCUGAUGAGAAAUCUGCUGAGGAAAUGGUCAAGGCAUAUGACAAUUACAACUUUGAUCAUACCUACAACGAAGAACUGCCCAUUACCAAACACAAAGAUCAGGUUCUGAACACCAUAGAAAGCAACCAGGUGACCAUAAUCCAGGGUUCUACUGGCUGUGGCAAGACAACCCAAGUACCGCAGUAUAUUCUUGAUGAUUACGUGUGUAAGAGGAAAAACUGUAACAUUGUGGUGACACAGCCAAGAAAGAUUGCAGCUAUUAGUAUUGCUCGCCGAGUGUGUGAGGAAAGAAGAUGGCAACUUGGUAGUCUUGUUGGAUACAAGGUUGGUAUGGACCGAACAACGUCUCCAGACACUAGGUUGACUUACGUGACUACAGGCGUUCUCCUUCAGAAACUCAUCAACACAAAGAAUAUGAAUGAGUACAGUCAUAUCAUUUUAGAUGAGGUUCAUGAAAGAGAUCUAGAUACAGACUUUGCUAUGCUGGUUGUAAGGAAACUACAGCGUACUUGCUCCAGGCAUGUUAAGGUGAUUCUGAUGUCGGCUACCAUUGAUGUGUCUCUGUUUGGAGAAUACUUUGCCCUCCCAGUGAGAGGAUCACUAGAGAUGCCACCUGUUGUCAGUGUAGAAGGGAAGGUCUUUGACGUAGAGGAAGCGUACCUUGAUAACCUCACCAGGUUUGGACUGGUCCCACGUCAUAGACCUGAAAUGAUGCCAACAAUCUACAAGGAGACCUAUGAUUUAGCCAAGAACUUGGUCUGUAACUUUGACAACAUGGAGAGACAGGAACAAGGGAUACCAGCCAACAAUAUGGUUAAGAACAGGGGCACAGUACUGGUUUUUCUUCCUGGAAUCAGAGAAAUUCAAGAGUUUGAGAAGUUGCUCCCCGGACAAGGAUCUAAGGAGAGACUUGUCGUCAUUCCUCUGCAUUCGUCCAUCACAACUCAAGAACAAGCGAGGGCGUUUAUCAGGCCAGAGGAAGGAUUUCGUAAGGUCAUCCUCUCGACAAACAUUGCAGAGAGUUCUAUAACUGUUCCUGAUAUCAAAUAUGUGAUUGAUUUCAUGUUGCUGAAGUGUUUGGUAUGUGAUGUAGAGACAAACUAUCAGAGUCUACAACUCAACUGGGCUUCUAAGGCAAACGCUCAACAGAGGAAAGGUCGUGCUGGUCGUGUGUCUUCAGGACGAGUCUAUAGACUGGUACACAAGGCCUUCUACGAAGAAUACAUUGAUGAGUUCGCAAUCCCGGAGAUAUUGCGUUGUCCAUUGGAGCAGCUGAUUCUGCAGGUGAAGGUCUUGGACCUUGGAGAACCCAAGGCUAUCCUGGCCUUGGCCUUGGAACCACCUAACCUGGACAACAUUGAGAAGACUAUUCUACUCCUCAAAGAGGUUGGAGGUCUCACCACAGUACGGUCCAAUGUUGCAAAUCCUCAUGAUGGUGAUCUGACAUUUGUGGGGAGCAUCCUUGCAUCCCUUCCUGUAGACAUACGCAUUGGCAAACUCCUGGUUCUGGGUCAUGUCUUUGGUUGUCUCAAAGAAUGUCUGGUUAUAGGGGCUGGUCUGUCUCUUAAAAGCUUCUUCUCACAGCCAUACAAGAGGGCUCUUGAAGCAUACAAGUCCAAGUUGAAGUGGGAUUCAGGAAGUUUCAGUGAUCCCAUUGCUAUCCUAAAUGCAUACAGAGAGUGGGAAAGAUGUAAAGACAAUGGAUUCUUUGCUCGUAGUAGAAGGGCUGAAAGAGAAUGGGCAGAUGAAAGAAUGAUACAACUCAACCCAUUGAGAGAGGUGGCCAAGCUUGUAGCUGAGCUUGAAGAUCGGUUGUCCAAUGCCAACAUCCGUCUCCCGAAGGGUAACCCACGCAAUCAACAGAGACAAGAUCCCACACAUAAUCUACUCAUCCUCAAGGUUGUGCUAGCUGGGGCAUUCUAUCCCAACUUCUUCACCUGGGUUCCGUCUGAUGAAGCAGAGUCCUUGAAGAUACUGUCGGGCAAAGAUCCAUGCACUACGGUCAUGGUGAAGAACGUACCUCCUCACGGUGAACUGUAUGCAUCGUCCAUUGGUAAACUCUUCCAGUGCUGCGGCAAGGGAAAGAAACUAUUCUUUGAAGACACCAAGUUGUUUGUCCAGUUUGAAAGACAGAGUGAUUACAGUGCCAUCCUACCAGCUGUCUACCAUGCUGUCAAAAUGAGACAUCUGAAGAUGCCAUUGGAGUUGGGUGUCUUUGAGAUAGAUCAGGAGACCAAAGUGGAAUCAAACGUUGGAAGGGGACACUUCAAAUCACACAGGACGGCUGUCAGCAUGUCUUCUGGGGGCCCGCAGCAAGUACCCCUCCCAGAUGCUUCUACUGAUUGGUGUCUUAUCAUGCCUACUGCUGUUGUAGAUGGGAAUAGAUUCUGGGCUCAUUACAUGAAUGAAGAAACCCUACAGAUCAUGUUGACUCUCCUUGAGAAAGCUAAUGAUGCUGGAUAUAGAGAGUUAGAGGCUUUAGAUAUGAAUGAGAUAAGAGAAGGAGAUUUGGUGCUUGCCCCGUACACUGAUGAUAACCAAACCAGAUACUUCAGGGCUAAGAUCCUACACAUCAGACGUCCUUCAAGGGACAGCAUGCAGGGAAACCAAGUGGAGGUGUUCUUUGUAGACUACGGCAACAGGGAAGUGAUUCCUGAGAAGUACCUGCGCUACUUACCCAAGUCACUGCUGAACAUUCCAUUCCAGGCCUUUGAGUGUGUUCUAGCCGGCAUCAAGCCUCUCUACAAGCUGCCUCAUAACCAGUGGCUUCCGAAGGCCAGAACAGUCCUCGAAGAGAACAUCAUCCAGAACAUAUCUUUCCAAGCCAAGAUCUUCUCGGUUGUUGAUGGGGUAGUGAGACUCGACCUGUACAACACCCACGUGGAGCCCGAGCUCCACAUCCAGGAGCUCCUGAUCCAGAUGGAGAUUGCUGAGCAAGCGGAGGAGCCUCAUCUCUCUAAGGUGAAUCGCUUACAGAGAGAGAUGGCACGGGAAGAGACGCGAAGACAGCACAUCGUACAUCCCGAUCAAGUACCACGGUCGUUCGAGGAAGACUCUUGGAGACAGAUGAACGUUGGACAGGGUGAUCAGGGGAGGCACAAGAGGAGAGGCAAGGUAUAUCUUCAUGGUCCACACAGCCCAUAUGAGAUCAAUUUUGCCAGCAUGACAAGAGUGGGUAGACUCAAGACAUGCCGAGUUGACCGCAACAGCGUGAACUCUGUAGCUCUCAGCACAGAACCAGAAGACAAACACGAGAAAAUGAUGGUAUCAUCUCAUGUAGGUCUGAAUCCAACAGCUACCGUCCUCCAAGCCAGGAAUACGACCUUGAUGCCAAACAUACCUGAUCUACCUGCUCUAAUCUGUAUGCUCUUCGCUCCAACGAUUGAGCUCAGAACGAAUAGCAAGAUGACCCGGUUGACUGGUCUACUGUGCGGACUCGGAUGGGACCCCGUUGCUCAAUCGCCCAUGCUGCCUGAUCAUGAUAUAGAGCUUGCCUUUGAUACAAAGAUCAAGAAAGAAGAUGUAUCCAAGAUGAAUGGACUGAGAUUUGCUAUCAACCUAGCUCUUGCCUCCAAAGAUUACAUAGCUCAGUGGGGAGCCAAUGCUACACAUCAGAUUCAAUGCCAGGCCAGGGAUGCUCUCAUUGGAUUGUUCACAGCCAAACGCACACGUGUUGACAACCCAGUAAACUACCGACAUUCCUAUGCAUGGGACCAGCUUGAUGAGGCAUCCAUCAUGCCUAUCAUGAAGGAAGACUUCACCGAGGAUAAUUUCCCAAUGCUCUACCAGUUUCACAAUGGUGUGUACCUAGAGAGUCCUGAAGAUCCUGAGGAAGAUGAAGAGAUAGCCAGGCUGAAAGAACAUCUAGAGGAUCUCCAUGAGAGAGCAAGCAGAUCGACCGUUCACUUUGUGAAGCCAAUCACGUGUAUCCUGUGUGACGUGCAAUGCUACUCACCUAGAGAUCUCUACUAUCACCUCCAGAAUACUGCUCACUUAGAACAAGAACAAGCCCUGGAACCGCCUCCUCUAGUAUGAUGAUUACCUCAGGAGUAACCAAAGAUCUUGACUAAUAUCCCAAGAACACUGCUCAUGUCAAAAGCUUUGGAUCUUUCUCUCUCUAGUCUGGUAGUGACCCAGAGUUCUAUACUCCACGUUACAAAUUCCGCUCACUUAGAGCAAGAACAAGCCUUGGAACCACCUCCAUUAAUCUGAUAAUUACUUAAAGAUCUACACUGUUAUCUCAAGAACAAAAAAGUGUUGGAUCUCUUUCAAGUCUGACAAUGACCUGAAGAUCUCUUCUAUCAACUUCAGAACACUGCUCAUUUAAAACAAGAACAAGCUUUGGAACCACCUCCUCGUGUAUGAUGAUUACAUAGAGAUCUAUACUACUGUUUCAAGAACACUACUCAUGUAAAAACUUUGGAUCUCUCUCUCUAAUCUGGUAAUGAACUCAAGAUAUUUACUGUCGACUUCAGAAUACUGACUAUGCGGAACAAGAACAAGAUUUGGAGCCACCUUAUUUAGUAUGAUGUUUACCUAGAGGUCUGUACUGUCAUCUCCAAAACACUGCUUGUGUGGAAUGAUAUGCGAUGAUGAUGUAAUGACCUAGAGUUAUUUAUAUCAAACUGAGAGUAAUGCUGACUUAAAGCAAUAACAAGGUUUGAAGCCACCUCCCCUUGUAUGAUUGGACCUUUCUCUAGUAUGAGCCUCAAAAUACUGCCUUCUAGGAGAGAGAGA